AUGAACACAUCUGAAGAUUUCAUUGGUCAAAAUGCUCUUAUCUCUUAUUUAUCAGAUAAUAAUAAUAGGACAACAAAGUCAUAUUGGAGGUUCUUAAAAAAGCACCGUGAUAUUAUUAUUGCUUCAAUUGAUAUUACUUUUACUUCAACUUUCUUAGACAACUGGAAAAAUCUUGAUAAUCUUUGGACUAUUCAAAUUAUUAAAGAAUAUAGAGAAAAUUUAAUAUCUACUGAAGAAUAUAAUGAAAAAGAAAAUGUAGUGCCUGCUAAUUCUUCUGAUAAUGAUCACUUUAUUUCUAUUAAAAAUCAAUCCAUUUCUAAUUCAUCUCAUUCAAGAAAGAAUAUUGAAAUUCCUAUUAAAAAUCAUUCUAUUUCUACUGAAAAUAAUUCUAAAAAUUUUCAACUUAUUAACUUUUGUUAUAAUAUUCUUCAAGAACUUGAUAUUAAAUCUAAUAUUCAUCCAUUUUAUGAAAUUUCAAAUGAAAAUAUAAAAAAUUCAAUGGAUUUAUUUACAAUAAUUUCAAAAUUAGAAAAUAAUCAAUAUGCAAGUAUUGAAGAAUUUGAAAAAGAUAUUUGUCUUAUAUUUCGCAAUUGUUAUAUAUAUAAUGAUAUAGGAAGUGAAAUGCAUAUUUUAGGAGAAGAAUUGGAAUCAACUUUUAAUAAAAUUUGGACUGAAAAAAUUGAUUUUCAAGUUAAACAAAAAGAAAAUUUAAAAAGAACACGAAAUAAUGAUACUGAUUCUUCAUCUGAACUUGUAACAAAACAAAUUCGAAUUUUAGAACAAAAUAAAGAUAAGUUAGUAUAUAGACAAGUUGUGAAUGAUGCUUUUCUUAUUGUUUCAGCAUAUGAAAAUCUUGUUGCAAAUAAUAUUUUACCUUUUAUUGAACUUUUAAAAACAUUUUUAUCAACAAGAUCACAAAUAUCAUUAUCUUCUGCAAAUGAACCUGUUCUUCAAGCAAUUGUUGAAAAUCUUUUACCAUUAAAAUAUUGUAUUCCUGAAUUAUCAUUAGUAAUGGAUGGUACAAAAUUAAAAGGAUUUGGUCGAUUUGGAUAUUCAGAUAUUUUUAUUUUAAAAGGAAUAGGAAAUAAUAAUAUUAGUUUAGAAUUAAAAUAUAUUCCAUUAGUUGGAUUAAUUAAAAAUCAAAAAAAGAAGUUUAAUACAAAUAAUUUAGAAAAUUUAGAUAAAAUUAUUGAAAAAGAAGAUGAAAAAAUUCUAUUAAAAAGAUCAUAUGAAUAUUGGUCAAAAGAACAUAAUGAAACUAAAAAAAUAACUAUAGAAGAAAUAUUAAAUAAUGGAAUUAAACAAUUGAAAUCAUAUAUGAAUAUUAUUUCAAAAGGAAAUACAAAUGAUUAUUAUAGUUCAGGAAUAUUUGAUAAAAGAAUUAAAAUAACUAAAUCAAAUCCUAAUAAAUUAAAAGGAUUUGUUAUAUUAGUAAUUGGUUUUCGACGUAUUUUAUGGAAAUCUGUUGAAGAAAUAACAUCUAAUUAUUUAUAUGAAAAAAUUUAA